AUGGAAGGCGAUGUUGUCUUGCUUGGAUUAAUGGGCUGGAAUGCCGCUGCAUCAACGGCAACACAGUUUAUACCAUUACCAACGACAACUGAAGUGUGCUAUGAAUUGUUGACAGGAGCGCCACCCCCACAACAAAGUCAUGCUGGCACAUAUGAUCUACAAAGAACAACGUAUGCAAAUGGUUUAUCAUCAUCAUUUGAUCCAACCCAACAACAAACUCUUAGUGAUACGAAUUUGUACAUAAAAAAUUUACCACCUGAGUAUUCUGAUAAAGAUCUUGCUGCCCUAGUCGAAGGUUGCGGUAAAAUUAAAUCAAUGAAAGCGAUCAUUGAUAAACAAACAAAUAAAUGUAAAGGUUUUGGUUUUAUUGAUUUUGAAUCCCAUGAAGAUGCACAAAAUGCAAUAGCUGAAUUACAAAAAAAAGGCUAUACAGCACAAUUAGCUAAAUCAUCUCAACAACAAGAACAAGAUGAAACAAAUUUGUAUUUUGCUAAUUUGGAUUUAAAUAUGACAGAACAGGAUUUACGACAAGCAUUAAGUGAAUAUGGUAACGUCGUUAGUGUACGAAUUUUACGUGAUCAACAAAAACAAUCACGUGGUGUUGGAUUUGCACGAAUGAAUGAUAAAAAACAAUGUCAAGAAAUUAUUGAUCAGUUCCAUAAUAAAACUUUUCCAAAUUUUACUGAUAAACCUGUACAAGUUAAAUUUGCUGAUGCUAGUAAAAAUAAAAAAUUAUAUAAAUCAGGUUUCGAUGAUAUGAAAACUGGUCCUCCAUUAUAUUCACCAAUGGAACAAACAGGAUCUUAUCAACCCCAAGCAGUUCUCUAUCCAACAUGGACACAAAUAUCACCACAACAAGUUCCAGUUCACACACAGCCAGCACCUCCACAUCCAAUGUAUGGUACAGCGGCACCGUUACGACAGACAUUACCAGGUUUUAAUCAUCCUAUUCCGUCCUAUAUGCAAUCAACACCUGAAAAUGGUGGCGCAUUUGUAGUACCAUUACCUGUACAACAAUUACAACAAUUACAAAUAGCAAAUGGUCAUCCAGGAGCAUAUUGCGUUGUUAAUCCUCAACAUCCUGCAUUUUUUAUGCCACCUGGUCAACCGCAAUCACAACCACAACAUGAUCAAUAA